CACGACUGCUAAGCCGUCUCGGCGCGGAGCCGCCUCACUGUUGCUUGCUGCUGCUCCCUGCCGGUCAGCAGGCCUCAAGUCGACGCUAACUCACGCUCACAAUCGACUUCUCGUUCGAUCCCGAUGGAUUUGUGUUAUUUACUCGCAGAAAGUGCUCGCUCGCUCAUCCCGGUAGGCAGGCGUGUUUUUGUGUUUCUCGUAGUACGCCGCUGAAUCGUCCGCGGUGAUGAUUGUGGAAAACAAGUGAGCCAGCCGCCUCGUAGAGUUCCAACUGGGAGCGAAGCGGAGCGUAGCGACGAGCAGUAAACAACCCGGGGUGUCGACCUCUGUACCCCCGUGAACCCUCCAUUGCGUCCCGGCGAGACAGCCUUGAGAAGUGGACCUUUCGUUUGGUUUUCUCUCUCAAGCUCAUCGUCUCGGCAUGGAAUAAAUUGGGCUCUUGGGCGCAGAGAAACAAACGGCGCCGAUUGGAACCAUUUCGAGUGGACAUUACAAGCCCAGGAGGAACCAGCAUGAGGAACACCGAGGAGGCGGAGGGCUCGGACGGCGAGGCCUCCAACACCAUGAUCUCCGGGGCUAAUAGCCCCUACCAGCCCACCACCGAGCCAGUCCAGGCGAGGAGUGUUUGGGGCGGCAUUCGGUGCGAUGUGGACUACCUCCAGUCUUACUUUGGCAUUUUAAAGGCAAUCGAAGUGGUGCUGUCACUCAUUGCCUUCAUCUGCAUCGAAACCAUCAUGAUGUGUUCCCCGUGCAGCGGCGUCUACUUCUUCGAGUUUGUCAGCUGCACCGCCUUUGUGGUCACCGGUGCGCUUUUGGUGAUUUUCUCCCUCAGCCUGCACACCAAAGUGCCCCACAUCAACUGGAACCUCACGGAUUUGGCUAACACGGCAGCCAGCACCUUCCUCUUCUUCUUGUCAUCGCUCGUGCUCGUGUGCAUCAACCACAACACCGGGGCUGAAAUAGCGGCAGCGAUCUUUGGCUUCCUGGCCACAGGUGUGUACGCCCUCAACACUUUCCUGGCGGUACGGCGGUGGCGCCGCGGCAACGGGACUCAGAGGGCGGCUCAGAGCAGCGAGUACACACGAGCGCGCACGGCCUCUCGUGGAGAAAUGGAAGCGCGGCCCGAACUGGCGUGAAUGGAAUCCAAUCCAAACGUAAAGAGGCUCACUGAAGGAAUGGAAACAAAAGUCGUAUCCACGUGACUCCUCUGCCUCUGGGACCUCCGACCAGGCUGGCUUGAUCGCAAACUUCUCCUGGCUCAACUUUGAACGUUUCCAAACGUUGCGUCUCACUGUGAAGACGCAAGUUGAGCUGCCUGAGUCACUUCUGUAUCUGUCAGCGGUGUUUGAUGAAGUAGCAAGACGUUCCUACGGAUCAGGAACACAAUUUGCUUCUUUUAUCUACUGACUCCAGCUGUCGGCCAGACAAGACUGAUAGUGUGUGUUUAAUCGCUAAAAGGGUACUUGCGUCAAUUUAUUUCAUUUCUUCUUUUUCAUAACAAACUGCCUUUUUUUUUUUUUUUUUUAUCUGUGACGUUUAGCCACUAAAAAGCUUUGCUUCGUGCAAUCGAAUAGUCUUUUUUUUUUUUACAACUCAAAGUAAUUCCGUGCAUUUAUACUUUGACAAAAGCGUGAAGGGUAUUCCCAGUAUGUGUCUUAAUCCAUUCAACUAGUUUUGUCAACACUGUGAGUAAAUAGCACGAGGCAGAAAAAAUAUUUAUUUUGUCUCCUUUUUGCACGUCAACCACUUUAUAAAGUGACGAUGACAUACAGUAGAUCUUGGUAAAUCACACACACAAAAUAUAAAGCGCACAGCUGAAGUCCGUGGCCUGUUAGGUGACUUUGCUCAUUUGCAAGACAAUCUCGUGUGCUUUUGUCUACCAUAGAAGGUUGCCUUAGUUUUCUUGUGUUACUUGCUCUGAUGCCGCGUGGUCAUGUUUUGCAUUCUUUGAAAUAGUUUUCAGUAUUUUGGUUUCCUAGCUGCAUAGCAUUAGUUUAAUCUUUCCUCCAGGGUCAUUCUUUGAAUGCUUUUAGGUCAAAGUGACCCAAGAGUGACUGUACUGUUGCCACGCCCACUUACUUGACUGCACGGAAAGCCCCGCUUCAAAACAAUUGACUGGUAGACGCGAUGCUUACUGAAUAGCGCCACCUUUUGGUCUUUUUUCUAAAAUGUAUUUCAGUAAGCACAGUGUGUAUGAGAGGCUUUUGAAAUGAAAACACAACCGUGCCACUAAUUUUUUGUUUUUUUCUGCAUACACCAUAUAUCACUCCUGCAGCCAGAACCACUUUAGAUAUUUAUUAUGCAUUGCCUUUGUUAAUUCUGUCAUUAAACUAAUCAAAGCAAACACUGGCUGGCUUCUCCUCUUUCAAAUGAUGCGCCAAUGUUUUGGUCAUUUCAAAGAUUUUCAAUGAAUGCAAUGUGUAAUUAUUGGACUGCAAGAAAUGCUUUAAUUUCAACAUUUUUACACCUGUGUAGUCAUAACAAGAAAUAUCAGGCAUAUGGUGAAUAGAACAAUUCAAAUAUUGACUCUAUAUUGGGUGAAAUGUAUGUACUGAACUGAAGACCAGGUUUGGUGACUGAACUUUUUUUUUUUUUUAUACAAAGAACUCAUCUCGGCAAUAAAUUGUGUUUGUGGUA